GAUUGGAGUCUAAACAUAAGUUUGUUUAUCUUAGUCUCGUAGGUUUAAAGAUUAGGGUGAUCUUCGAUUGUUUUAUACUUCCUGGUUGAGUGAAAUAUUGGGAACAUUUCCAAUUAUCAACUAUCAGUUUAAACUUGUCACAGUAAUGGCGGUUUAAGCUUUUGUGAAUAAUAAAACGUUAUGCUUAAUGUGUUUGUAGGGCUUUUGUGAAAUUGAAAUCACUUUGGAAUAAUUAUUAUUGUAAUGAUUGAAAUAACACGUCUUCAACAGACAUUUCAGAGUUCAAAUAAACAGUAAUUUCACAAAAAUAAAACAAAAACAUGGCCACUGGAGGUGCCUCGUUUCACAAAGGAUCUGACCUGAUUCAUGACUACAGCUGUUCCACAUGUGAGGAAAAUGACCUUAACACUGAAGCCCAGCACUUCUGCCCACAGUGUGAACACUAUCUGUGUGAUAAGUGUGUAAAGUUACAUGGGGGUUAUUUCAAGAAACAUGUUGUUUAUGGGCGUGGAGACAUUCAGAAGUGGGCGGAUUUCUCCAUGGAUAUAUGUUACCAACAUGGCAACAAGCUGGAAGUCCACUGUGAUGACCACCAGGAAUUGUGCUGCAGUGUCUGUGUGGCCCUUAACCACAGGCUAUGUAGCAGUAUCAGUCACUUGCCUGACCUGGCCAGAGGCUUCCUGGAAACAGCAGAGUUCAAGCAGCUGCCAGCAGUAGUUGACAAGAUGAGGAGCAGGCUGGAUGAGCUCAAGAAUGUCAGGACGAAAGAUCAAGAUUCAUUAAUUGACUCCUACAAGAACAUCAUUGCUGAAGUCAAGGCUUUGCGUAAAAACAUUAAUACAAUCUUGGACCAGCUUGAGAGGAAGACAGUUGAACAGUUGGACAGGAUGAUGAAAGAUUUAGAGAAGUCCAUAAAAGAUGAUUUAGAAACCUGUGCCCAAAUGGAUCACCAACUGAAGACCAUGAUUGAGAAGCUCCAGCAGAUCACUGGCAAGAACAAGGAGACCAGUUCUUACAUUGGAUACAUAAAAUGUCAGUCUAAAUUGAGUGAAGCCACGUGUUUCGUGCAAGAAAUACGACAUAACGACGUAAUGAAGUUAAAGUCAGAUGAAAGUGUUGUUCCAUUUCUUAGAAACCUGAAAAACCUUGGCGACAUUGAAAAAUUUCAGGGGUACAAGACUCAGAGUUCCGCUCAAUAUAGUGUUAAAAUAAAGGAGGAUAACAAUGUCUGUGAUAUUGAAUGUAUAUGUGAAUUGCCGGGUGGAGAGGUGGUUAUUGCAGACUUUGCCAACUCUAGAGUGAAGCUUCUGAACAAGAAGUACCGUGUCACUGAUCACUAUGAUUUUCCUGCUGGUCCUCUACACUUGUGUCAUAUAACAAACAAUGAUGUAGCUGUAGCUUUUAUUAACAGUGAGGUCCAUUUUCUCACAUUGACCAGAGGGAAGCUACAAGCAGUGAGAAAGUUCACCACAGAUCAUGAAACCUGCUCCAUUGCCCACAUUCAGAGUCAGCUGUUUGUUAGCUCCAAUGAUGCCAUAUACCUGUACACAAUAAAGGGAACAUUCGUAAAGAAGAUCUAUGAAGCCUAUGGUUUUGGCUUGCAAGCGAGCAAAUGUGCUGUUUCUACUGAUGGGGAGAGAUUUUAUGUAACAAAUAUGGAUGAUUCAAAAUUAAUAACACUUGAUAAAACUGGUCAGGUGAUUUCAACAUUAGAAGAUUCUGAUCUAAAAGAUCCAACUGGACUAUGUGUCAGCCCGAGCGGCCAUGUGUUUGUGUGUUGGUGGGAGCCUGGAACUGUGUUACAGGUAGACAAGGAAGGGAGACAGAGGUUGGCCACAGUGGCCGGGAAGGCUGAUGGUUUGUGUAAGCCUCAGUCAGUGUGGUUCAGUGAACAGACCUCCACCCUCUUGGUUGGAAAUUUGAACACUGACACUUUAACUGUUUUAAAGCUGUGUUAAAUUGGAACCUGGUAUGCAAAGAAUAUGCCUAUCUUUACUUCGAUUGUUAAAUUUAGCAGGAUGGCUUUAGUUUUGUUAUUGAAUGCCAGCAUAUUUCAUACCAGGACUUACUAAGAAAACCAAGACGUGGAUGGACAAGCAAAUGGGCAAGCGUGCAGUUGGGUUGGCGUCAACAAUAUGGCCAUGCAUAAGGCGAUUUUAAAAUAACUUGAAACACAUGUGUUCGACGGCAAUACGAGUGGUCGAUUACAAAACCCAUGUCUUAAGGUUUUAAAAUUUCCACAAUAAACGUCAAAAACAGUUUCAAUUUAAUGGUGUAAUGUUUAAUUGUUAAUAUAUUUUCUGUUAUGUUUCGUUCUAUUCUAAUGUUUGCCAAUGCAUUUUGCAUUCACAUUGAUUUCAUGCUGUUUUGAAAUGUAUCAUGUUUUGUAUUCACACAUAAAGCAAUUUGUUUUUUCAUUUCACUCAAUUGUUUAGGUUUUUGAUGUUGAAGAGUUUAUUUUUCAUAUUUUAUGUUUAACAUGUUGUUUUCAUUUUUCUUAUUGAACAAGCAGAUGUAUAUAGUUUAAGUUCAUUUUUGAGUAAGAUUAAAGUUAUCAUUGCCAAAUCUGUCAAGUCAUUCUUCAAUUACCGUCGAAUCCCGUUUGAUCGAACUGGCUUGGCUCGAAUUCUAAUUGGCUCGAACUUGAUGUAAAGGACUGAUUUCUUUAAACUGAAUGUAAGCAUUCCCGCAUGGCUCGAAUUUUCCGAGGCUCGAGGUAUUUUCGCCGGUCCCUUGGAGUUCGAGCCAUCUGGGUUCGACUGUAGAUAUUUUUUAAGUCUUUUUCAAUUGCAUACAUCAAAAUUUAUUAUACCGUUGUUUUUUCUAAAAUCAUUUUUCAUACAUUCUGAUAGCGUUGUUUUACUACUUUCAGAUCACAUAGAUUUCUAUUAGUAAACUUAAGAUUCUUCAGCAAUAAAUCUGGGUAUAUAACGGCACUUUAUAAUUUCAGAUUGAACAUGCAUUAUGUUAUUAAAAAAGACAUAAGUUAGGAAAUGACUUAUAUGUUUUGUGAAUUCAAACCCUGGAGAAUCCCUAUGUCUUUUUUUCACCAUUGGAACCAUUUUCCUAUUCACUAUGUAUUUCAACCAAAAUUUAGACGAAUAUUCAGGUUUUACAUAUGUGAGCACAUGAUAAAAUAUUUCUAGUUUAUUUUUUUUUAAACUUAACGUUGUUAACUUUAAGAAAGUCCAGACCAAUUUGCUGAAGUUGUCUUAUAUGUGAAAUAUUAUGCAACGCACCAAGCUUUCAUCUGAUUUAAA